AUGACUCCAGAGGACCAGCUCUACAGACGGAUGCAAGUCAAGGUCUUGUAUUCCUUCGACAACAGUCCGACGGUGUUCUUGUCCCGGUCGAAGAACCAGUAUUCUGUUAAGGUUGCUCAAAUUCCAAUGCUGCUGGCCACUGACGAAGAGAGUCUAGUUACCUUGGGUGCCUUUGACCUUAAGAAUUGCGUUCAGCAGAUUCUUAAAUCGUCUCCGGAGCACUUUCGCCUUCAGGACCAGGACUACGCGGUCUACUAUAAAGAUAUCACUGAGCAGCCAGACGAGCCGUUCGUGGCUAAUGGUGUCAUGUCUUCAUUGCUCUCUUCUGGCAAACAGCAUCUUGUUCCUGGCAGAGUGUGCCAGAACUUGUCCGCGUCUUUCUUGUUUGGUGAUAAGGCCAAUUCCUCGUCGUUGACUUUGGAAAUCCGCCUUAAGCUCAACUUGAUUGAUAGAAAUCCAGAAGAGCAACAACAACAGCAUCCUCACAAUACCGAGAAGAUAAAGCAGAGCUCACAAGCGUCUCCGCCAACUUCAUCGUCCUUUGCACAACCUUCACAACCGCCUAUGAGAAGAAGCAGACCUGUCAAGCAGGCAAUGGCAUCGUCUUCUUCUUCUGCAAUCAAGGCUACGCGAACCAAGUCUCUUCCGAUUUUUUACCAUCCCCCUAAUCAGCAUAUUUCCAACAUUAUCAACGCAGACAAGUCUAAUGUGGCAUCUCGUUACGAUAGUAAAAGCAUUCUGGAACGGUUCAGCCUGGCUCCUUUCAUGCUGGCCAAGAUCAUCGAUAAGCCAGCCAGAAAAAGACGGCGUUCUAACGUACCAUUGACUCCUACUGUUCAGACACCAGUGGAUAAUGGCUUACAGCCUAUGAGAGCCAUGAAGACUCGUUCAAUGGUUAGCAAUACUUUCCCUUCGCAUUCUAUGAUCUCCUCACCAAUCCACGAGGAACUCAUGUCUGAGGCUUCAGACGACACAGAAUACCAGGACAACAGCCGACCUAUCGAUGAAGAUGAAGAAGACGAGGAUGACUACAAUUCCCAAAACGAUGCAUCGUCAUCUCCGUUCACGCCACAACAACCUCCUUACAAGCCUGGUCAUCUGGAUAAAAAGCAUAAUUCUAAUUCGAUAAUACCGCAUAGCGACCAUUCACAAUUCCAGUCAUUACCAGAUACUGAAGAUCUAGAUAGCAAGAAGACGCAUACUAUUCCAAGCACGAAAUUGCCACACGAUCAUGAUCUCAUUUGCAUUAAUAGGAACUGCGCUGCCAAUGACUCCAUCACUUGGAGGUACUUUGAGACGAAGUUCCACCCCAGCUAUUUGAAUAUUCAGCGUGCUGAAAAGUUCGACAAGUCGCUUUAUGAUGGUAUGUUUGGUCCAUUGUGUAACGCUUGCUAUCUCUUCUUAAGAAAUAAGGGUUUCAUGCGUCCUGAGGCGGUGGUGAAGAAAUACUUGCAGCAACAAAAGUACAAGAAAGAACUCAAGCUUAAAGAGGACCUUGCAACUCGCGACAAGUCUUCACCUUUUACUGGUGCCAUGAUGGAUCUUCACAAGUUUCCAACUCCUACUCACGCUCCUUCCACUGUUAAUGAGUUCAUCAGAAACCAGAAUACUAAAAGCAACGCCGGAGUUAAUUUAAGCAAGCAACCCACUCCACAGGCUAGUGGACGCACACCAACUGAUGUAUCUGAUUACCAAGAUCUCAAUGAUUUCAUGAAUCAAUUAAAUUCUUUCGGAGGCCCACUUACUGAUAUCGAUCUCCCUCAGGACUUCCAGUCCAACAGAAAAGAAAACACACCACCAGCCAUGGCUACAAAGUCUAAUACUCGUGUGAUCAAUUUGUAUGAGGAUGAAGAGGAUAAAGAAAAUCAGCCUCCUAACGUGGAGGACGACUUGCAUGACUUCGAUCAAAUGAUUAUGAAAUCCUUUAGUCUGCGUUCUAGUCCUGACCAGCAAGACUGGUCCCAGUUCUUCGGUGAACCCACGCCAAAGGAUGCCAACACGCCUGGUGCUGUUCAGCUGCGUACCCCAUUAGCAGAUGGGACAAAAGGAAUGAAUACUGCCAAAAGAUCACCUGCCAAGCUUGAUGGUCAGAAAGCCGCUGUUGUCAACAUGCCAUCGUCUCCCCUUCUUUCAAGCUACGAUGACUUGACUAGCAAAAAUAGGGAUCUAUCAAACAAGCAUUCGUCUCCUAGUACCACUGCAAUGAGAAAUGAUACAACCAUGUCAUAUGUCCAAGGAUCCAAAUCGAGUCCACACAGUGAGAUAGGCACGAUUGAUGAAAAGCCUAGUCUUCAGGGUGUAUAA